AUGAAACGACGUCUAAAAAUUAUACCACAACUACAAGUGCCCCAACAGUAUGAACUAUGGGAAUCGCAAGGUGCCCAUAGAGGACAGGUAGUCCUACAAUUUGAUCGUAACAAUCAUAGUCAGGUACAGUUUGAAUUGUUUGGUGAUCAACAACAACAACAUAGUAGUAGAAAAUGGAUCAUGGUCAAUUCAAAUGGCGAUAUUAUGGUCAAUGAACCAUGGGACUAUGAUCAGCUAGCUAUAAUAUUUGCCUAUUACACUAUUGUAAAAUGCAAUAGUAAGAAAAAUAAUAAAAAUAAUGAUGAUGAUGACGAUGGUCUGGCCGCUACGGCACCCGAUUUACCCGAAGUGGCCCUGAAAUCGCCGACUAAAUCGCCGACCAAAACUGGAACGCCAGCAACCGAUUAUACUAGUAUUUUAAGCAAAACUAAAACAACAGCAACAACAAAAAAGUCACAUCGGGGGGGACUGUUUGAACGUAUUUUUCAUAAGACCCCCAAAAAAUCCCAGACAAAUGAGGAUGGUGAUGUACAAUUGAAGGCAUUUGUUACCGAUGAAACGGAACAGGAGGGUUUUCUUGAGGGAAUCAAAAAUAAAUUGACAAAAGUCUGUUUCCAUAAAAGUAUCGGUUGUUUUUAUUCGCGUGAUUUCAAUGAAUCGGAACGUAUAUUACCAAUACUACCCCAAUCGCCGGAUAUUAUUAAACCAGUUUUUCACAUGUAUACACCUAAUAGCAAGAUAAUCGGCGAAACGUUAAAAUGGAAUGCUACCAUUGAUCAGCUCAGGGCUACAAAAUUUGAUGAAUCUCUGAGGACAGCAUUUAUUGUACACGGAUAUCAAAGUGGUUACGCCAUGUGGAUGGAGAAUAUGAGAGACUAUAUAUUGUAUAAAUCAAACGAUACAUACAAUGUUGUGGUUGUUGUCUGGGAAGAUGGUGCCCGAACACCUAUAUACAAUCUGGCAGCUACUAAUACACGUGUAGUCGGUGCCUGUAUCGGAUCGUUUAUCAAUAGGCUGUCCACCGCUUUUAAUACGUCAAACGAUCGAAUCUGGUUGAUAGGCCACAGUCUGGGCGCCCAUACGUGCGGUUAUGCCGGCAAACGUCUAAAAGAUCCUAAACUAUGGCGAAUUACGGCACUGGAUCCGGCAGGUGUGGCAUUUCAGUUUAACAAUAGCGUGAUGCGCCUGGAUCAUAAUGAUGCCCAGAUAGUCGAUGUUAUACAUACCGAUGCUGCACUAUCCUAUGUUGAAGGUUUCGGUAUUCACGAUACACUCGGUCAUUAUGAUUUCUAUCCAAAUGGAGGUUCAUGGCAACCUGGCUGUCCCAUAUCGCACAGUAUUGCCCGAAAGUUUACAUCGACAGUAUUUGGCGGUGAUAUUACGUGCUCACAUUCACGCGCCUGUCUAUUAAUGGUUGAUCUAGAUAAACCUGAAGAUACCUGUAAAGCAAUUGGCUAUCAGUGCGAAUCGUAUAAUACGUUUUUGGAGGGCCGGUGCGCUAACUGUGCCCAAUCUCGAUGCAAACCAAUGGGCAUUGAUCCGGAUUAUUGGUUAGACGAUAAACCAGAUCCGUCGGCAUUGAAUAAAAAAUAUUUUCUAACAACUGGCCGUUAUAUUGACUAUUGCCUUUAUCAUUAUCAAAUUGCCCUAGACAUAUCGGACAAAUCGGAUUUGGUUUCAGGCCUACUAAAUAUUACACUAAAAGUUACAAUUGACAAUCAAAGUAUCAGUAGUAGUAGUACUAGUAGU